AUGCCAAUAGGAUACAUAAUUCAAGUAUCAAAUGCCAAUAGGAUACAUAAUUCAAUAGGUCCACCUGGUCCACCAGGGCCUCCUGGACCACCAGGACCACCUGGAGAUGCAGGACCAGACGGAGCACCAGGCCUGGGAGGUGGAGCCGGAGCACCGGGUCCAGCAGGGCCAAAAGGACCACCAGGACUGCCUGGAGAACCUGGGCCACAAGGACCACCGGGUCCACCAGGAGAGGAUGCGCCAAACGAAGGCAUCAUUCCAGGAGAACCUGGACCACCAGGCGAUAUAGGACCACCUGGGCCACAAGGCCCACCGGGACAACCAGGUGCCGAUGGACCGCCGGGACCAGCUGGACCGAAAGGACCGCCAGGACCGCCCGGACAACCCGGUGCCGAUGGCCAACCUGGAGCACCAGGAGAACCAGGAGAACCUGGUGCUCCCGGUGAAAAAGGUAUCUGCCCGAAAUACUGCGCCAUCGACGGUGGUGUUUUUUUCGAGGACGGUACUCGAAGAUAA